AUGCCUCUUGCCAUCAUCUCUGCCCUGUACAUCAUAAUUGCGCGAAAGAUAUGGUAUCACGAGAUUCCUGGCCAACUUGAAUGUUCCAGACUCCAGCCAGAUGAGCAGAUUCCAAGGAAAAACGUUGUUCGAACGCUCAUUACUGUUGUGGUGGUUUUUGCGGUCUGCUGGUUUCCCAUCCAAGUGCUUCAAAUGAACCUUGCAGUGACAGCUGGAAUGACUUGGCACCCCAUUGCUAUCUACUCUAUCCAUUGGCUUGGUCAAGCUAAAAGUGCCAUAAACCCCUGGCUGUACAUCGGUCUUAAUGGCAAAAUGAAUGCAGCUUUCAAAAGAAUGAUCCGAUGCCACGGGCAGGGUAAUACUUUGUCACACAAACCAUCUACCGCGACUUUACGUUCAAAUACAGCCGUUACCACAGUAUGA